AUGACCAAGGCCCCUUUCUCUGUGGAGUGGUUGUCCCAGAGCAGCCAGGCCCUCAAGAGCCCCACCGAGGGCUCCCCGCACCGAUCAUCCUCGGCGGCCCUGGGUCACCGGCCUGGCUCCAGCCCCGGCUUGAGCCAGCGGAGCGAGGAGCGGUCUGCCGGCCCGCGGGACGGGACGGGCGGCAGGAGCAGGGAGCGCUUGGCGACCCCCCCCGCUGCAGGAGCAGGAGAGCGGCCGUGGGGAGCGGAGCAGCCCCCGCCGGAGGGGGGUCCCGAGUGCUCGGGCCCCGAGGAGCCUGGCGGCCGGGGCGGGGGGCGGCGGCUGCGCACAGCCUUCAGCGCCGAGCAGCUCAGCACCCUGGAGAGCUCCUUCCAGCGGCAGCAGUACCUGGGGGCCGCCGAGCGGCGCCGGCUGGCCGGCAGGAUGGGGCUCUCGGAGGUGCAGAUCAAGACCUGGUUUCAGAACCGGAGAAUGAAGCUCAAGCGGCAGCUGCAGGAGCUGAGGACGGAGCCUUUCUGCAGCCCCCCGCCUCUCCCUUACGGACCUCACAGCGGCGUGGUGCCCGUGCCGCUCACAUACGUGGCCCAGCCACCACCUCUGCCCCGGCAAGGGGCUGCCUCUGGGGGCCUCACCUUGACGGCGCUGCCAGCACCCUCCCUGGACCUCAGCAGCGCCUGCAGAGCACAGCCUGUGGGCUUUUGGGCGGCACCCUGCUUUGUAGGGUACAGGGAUCCCAGAGCUUUCUUGCUGGGUGUCUAA